AUGUCGGACUAUGAAGUAGCAGCAAUCUCAUCAAUGAAUGACAGUUUUCCUCAAUCGAAAAUUCAUGGUUGCUGGUUUCAUUUUAACCAGGCUAUUUUGCGCAAAUGGCGUCAAUUAGGCCUUAUAGAAGCUUCAUCAGAUUUAUUGAGCAUUUCAAUGAAUAUACCUUUAUUACCGGCUAAUUUAUUUCCAAAUGCCUAUGUCAUAAUGGAAAGUGUUGCUAAUUCUUUAUAUUGGCAAUAUCCUAAUAUAUUAAAGUUUCUGAAAUAUAUGUCUGAUAAUUGGUUAUCAAAAGCGGAAAAUGUUAGUACUUUUGGUUGCCCUGUAAGAACGAACAAUAGUGUAGAAAGUUUCCAUAAAAUAGCUGCACAAAAACUUCGGAAACCACAUUCAAAUGUAUGGAUAUUUUUAGGUAAUUAUGAUUUUAAAUAA